AUGAAGAGGAAACGACCUCCUGGACCAAUUCCCUCGUCAAUGCUUGGCCUUGAAGUGUACACAGGAGCGGUAGAUGAUUUUGGUUUCGAAGAUUACUUGAACGGUAUACCAUCUCUUGUGUUUGAACUAUUUGAUCACGCAUUUUGCUCUUCGAUUAUCUUUCUCGUUUUCAUGUCCCGGAGAGAGUGGAACAUUUUGGAUAGCUUCCCUGAGAAUCUGUUUUUGUUUCCGUUGCAGUACACAGAACUCAAACCAGUUCCUUGCUUGAGCUACUCGGAUGCCGUGAAGCUUAGGGAGAGCAGCACUACUCCUAUUUAA